UCUGGAGACAUUUAUGGAGAUACAGAGUCGUCCAGUAUUAAUAUAAGACCAUGCAACAACACAGAUUAUAUGAACGCAGUUCCGAAAAGGUCUCAGCAAAGACUGAAGCACAGCGAGAUCCAGGAUCGUUCUGGGGGUCAUAACCAUGGUCCCUACAAACUGGCUGUGGUGUUUCUUGGGCUGCUGUGUGUUCUCCUUUUGGCUGCCCUGAUAUGGCUGUACAUCAAAACUGAAGAGGCAAGGCUUAGGUUAGAAACUAACAUCAGUGCCAUGGCUGGCGAGCGAGAUAAACUACGGCUUUGGAAACUUGAAUCAGAUGACCUGAAGAGAAUUAAAAGUCAUGCAGUGGAUGUGACUCUGGAUCCUGACACAGCACAUGCCUCCCUCAUCCUGUCUGCUGAUGGGAAACAAGUGAGACAUGGCGACACACGACAGAAUGUCGCUGACAACCCCAAAAGGUUCAGUCUUGUUGUAAAUGUCUUGGGAAAACAGGGCUUUUCCACGGGCAAAUUCUACUAUGAGGUUCAGGUCAAGGGGAAGAUUGAGUGGACCUUAGGAGUGGGCAGAGAGUCCAUGAUCAGGAAGGGAAAAAUAACUUGGAGCCCUGAGAAUGGAUACUGGACAAUAUGGCUGCGUAAUGGGACUGAGUAUAAGGCAUUGGACAGUACCCGUGUUCUCCUCUCCCUGAAAGAGAAGCCCCAGAGGGUGGGGGUGUUUGUGGAUUAUGAGGCAGGUCUGGUCUCCUUUUAUGAUGCAGACUGUUGGUAUCAUCUCUACUCUUAUGCUAAUGUUACCUUCACUGAGAAACUUUACCCAGUCCUCUGUCCUAAUCUUAAUCAUGGAGGAAAGAACUCCGCUCCUCUUAUCAUCUCCUCAGUUCAUAUCUGCCCUAUUAAGUAAUGUAUAAUGAUGGUGUACUGUAUGUUUUAUUAAAGUCAGAAUUGAGCAGUUUAUUACCUCCGCCAAGGAGGUUAU